GAAGCUCACGUGAUGUCAGCAUGCCUGGAUUCCCACCACACCAGGGCGAUGCCGUCCCCUCCACCACAGGAAGUGAUGCUGCGUGGGGACAGGAAGUGAGGGAGAUGGAGCUGUUUUUGGAUCUGCCGGGUCCGGACGGGGAGGAAACUCAGCAGGGGGACGACAGCUGGAUCCAAGAUGGCGACCUGCAGCGGUGUGGACAACUGGAGCAGAGGUGGGUCCUCUGGCACGAGUUUAUGAAGGAACACGCCCACCUUGACAUCUGGCUGCGAUUGGCUGAGCAGGCUGUCAACUCUCCAUACCCCGCCCACAUUACCUACAUCGCCGCCAAAGAGGAACUGAGGAAGUUUGAGAGGCUGCAGUGUGAGGCCGGAUCUCAGCUCGUCAGGUUGGACGAUCUGACCCGCAGGAAUCGGACGCUCUCUCGGCAGUUUCACGGCGCCAUGCGGGCGCGGCUGCUGGCGUCGACGAGGACCUGCGGGCAGCGAUGGGACGAGGUGAACGCCAAACUGGAAACCAUCAUCGGACGCCGGAAGCUGUUUGCCUCAGAGUGGGAGGAGUUUGAGGCAGAGAGGGAGGAGCUUGCAGUCUGGUUGGCUGACCUGGACGUGCGUCUGACCGAGGUGGAUCACCUGACAGGAAACACAUGUGAAAAGCUACGGCGACUCCAGUCGUUCCAGCAGUGUGUGUGCGCGAACUCGGCGCGUGUCAACGCCCUGCUGCAGCGCGGCGAGGCGUUAAUCCAGCGAAGCGAACCGACUGAUGCUCAGCAUGUAGAGAACCGGCUGCUGGAGCUGCUGCGGGGCUGCAGCCUCGCUUACAACAACAUCGCACGAACACACACUCGACUGCUGAGCAUGAGACUGGUGUUUGAAGACGACUGGAUUCUGUCUCAGGUGACAGACUCUGGUUGUCCCUCAGAGAGUCUCUUAGAGGACGAGGGAGCGCUUGAUAAGACCGGCCUGGACCUCCCUGCUUCUUCCCGUCGUAGUAAAAUUAACCCCAGCCUUGAUUUCUCACCACUCCACGUCCCUCCCCCUCCUCCCUCUCCGUCCUCGCCGGCCCAUGAGCACCUGGGCCUGGAGUGGGACCCCUCGGUUGAUAUUGGGCGGUCCGUCUCGAGGGAGGAUGCCGACUCUUCGUACUUCAGUAUCAGCACAGGACGGUGUCAUAGAGAUGGUCUAAAGAGGCGGAGCUACAUCAGCUCCCUCGGCUCCCUGUCUGACAUCAACAAUGACAUCCCCAACCUGGAGGCAGACUCGCGAUUGGAGGAACGCCACGACCGCCCCGACCCCAUCGUCUCCUCACCAGUAGCGCUGCAGGGAGGCUGGACUCGUCCCAACCAAGACCAGUGGGUGACUUCCACGCCCGACAGAGACGACGGAGACGACAGAGAAAUGCUCAGCUUUGACGGCGGGCGCGUGAGGGAGUGGCUCGGAGUCCAAAGCCCCGCCCCCGCUCCUGUGAGGAAGACUUCCUGCUCCAAAGCUGUGCAGACUGACGGGGAGUCAGAGAGUUACCUUGAUGGGAGUUACAUGGAUGCACCCAGCAGCCAACAUCGCCACAACUACACCCAGCAGCCAUCACCAGCCCUUUCCCCGGGGUCAUCACACGACUUAAGUGCCUCCACUGAUCGGCUAAAGCAGGGAUUAAAUCUACAGGUUGAAGAAGAGGAGUCCCGUUGUGAAGAAGCCGAGCGUCACUUCUCUGAACAAAGUGUGACCUCCAGCAGCAGUGCCUCCUCCUCUUCCUCCCUGCUCUCCCCCGUCCUCCUCUACCUCCUCCUGGCCGCAGCUCUGGUCCUCCUGGCCUGUCUGAUCUGGAUCGUCGUAGAGCCGCCGUGUCACCGCAGCAACAGGAUGCCACACGGCUUCCACCUGGCGCUCAGAUACGUCAACGGACCCCCGCCUACCUGAAGACCCUCCAGAGACUCUCGUGGCGAGAGCUCGGAUGAAGCACUUUCCUUUCGGAUGCACAGGACGAAGGUUUGCACGUCAACGUGGAGUCAUUUACUAUUUAGGAUCCUGACUGGCUCCAAGUCUGACAACAUGCAUCAGCUAUGAUCCCGUUUCUCCUGAUGAUGAAGAAGCAAACCUGGAGGAGAAGAUCUGAAACUCACAGAAGAAAAAAACUUUAUCAUCAUUCAAACUUUGAGACGGUUGGAGACAACCAAGAAGAGAUGAUUUUUGGUCAUUUGGAGUCCCAAGUUGUACCUUCAUGCAAACCAACACGCCCGUCCAUCAGACCUCAAAGCUCGUGUUCUUGAGACAAUAAUCAUGUUUUCUAAGGCCUCUAAUUUUCUCCAGAUAAAACCAUUUUAAAAAUUGGAUCUUGAAUAAACUGCAUUAAAUAUUAAAGUAUAGAUAUGUUCAGCUACCUUUUCUUGGUGCACUUUAUAUGUUUGUCACCAAACUUUCAAAACAGGGGGUGUUGAGUUAUGAGUAGAUAUUUUGCAUAAUUGAUAAUGAAUGAUGCCGUCCUUCAUAGAAGCUUACAAACUGACAUUUCAAGAAAGGAGAAGUCGCCCCACCUCUGGUCUUUCCUGAGAGGUAGUAAAGACGAAAUCCAGGGAAGAAAGUGGCGAUGUGUUUUCUGCAACCACAUAACACGAUGUGUAAUCACCAUUCCUCUGCAGUUUCAGGGUUUAAUGCAUUAAAACAAAGAUGUUAUGAUGGCAGAGAUGCAGAUUUGCGUCAUGUGAGAGGCUUUAAAAUCAAAACACACCCUCGUCUUCUUGGGACUAAAAGACAGAUGCACCAUCUCCAGCUUCACAUGGUGCACAGUGUUUAUUAGUCUCAUCUUAAAGCCCACGCCUUUAUAUUAAAUUUAAAGCAGAAUUAAAAUGAACUUAGUGGAAGUUGUAUAAAAACGAACUUUAUGUAUUGGUCAGUGAACGCAUCAUAACUGCCUCAGGAGCUUGUUGGGUUUCUCACCUUGAUGUUUUUCUACUUCCUGUUUGGUCGAGCUUUAAAAAGGCUUCUUGUCGGACUUUCAUGUUUUUGCAGCUGUUGCUAAGCUAACACUUUGAGCUAGUUAGCAUUGAAACAACGAUUUAUCGGAAGGGAGAACUGAACGGCGAUGUCAAAAGUUAAAUUGCUGUGUAACAUAACCUGAGACAGAUCAUAGUACUUUAAUAGAUUUAUUGAUUGUAUGUAGAAUCUUCAAACUGCUAUCUUAGCUAAUGUAGCUAACGGGUUAAGCUAGCUAAAGGUCCGUCUUGAAUAGUUAGAUGAAGUAUUUUGCGCCUUAUUUGAAUCACUAACUGCCUUGUUGCACCGUUAAAGCACUUCUAGCUCUCUGAACACAAAAGUACAAAGAAAAGAAUUCAAGUUAGAAUAAUAUGUUUUAUUAAUAUUCCCCCCCACUGGCCUUUUUCUGAACCAGAGGAAAAGGAAGUCUCCGUUUCUGUCCGGGCUUUCGUUUUAAAGACAAAUCUGCUCACAGAGACUUAAAAACCUGCUGCAGAGAGAGAUAAUCCAUCACCACCAGGAUCCGGCCUUCAUUUAUCUCAGUGAAACUUUGGUUACUGUUGUGUGUGGCGAGUUGCUACAGUCUGUGUAGCUCUCCCAAAGAACAGUAAUUUCACCUCGCCCCAAAUAAAGCUCACACAUGAUGGAUGAUCUGUUUUGCACUCAGUUUCAAGUCUCUGCAGGUUGAAUUUUAAACACACAGGAGCGUUUGUGUCCCGACUGUAUGGAGUGUUUGCAUUGGUUGACUUGUUAUUUAUAGAGCCUGUAGGAAUAUAUGCAGAUGGUUGGAUUGAUGUGAGGGGAUGCAUUGAUUAUAAAAUGAGCUGUAAACUGAUAAUACGUGUGGAGUGAUGAGUGCAUGUGAACGGUAUCUGAAAGAAAAGUGUGAGGUGAUUUAUCUUUGACUCUUCUUGUUGUGGAUUUCAGGAGGUUGUUUUAUGUGUCAAAAUGUCGUUAACAGCUUAAAGACUGACUCUGGUAUCUUAAAAUAUCUUAAAAACUUCAGUAGAUGGAUUCAGACGGCAGCAGUGAGACCGGCUGUAACGGCUGCAGCAUCAUUCCUAGAGACAAAGGCGUCUAAAUCCAAAAAACACAGGAGUUGGUUGUCUUCCUCUGCAAGGAUUGAUAAUUAUUUGCAUGUAGGAACCGUGUUACAGAAGUGUGUUGUUGUUUCUUGCACUGAUGGGAUCAGAUUUUUUUACAUUUUCAGACUCCUUCUAAGUUAGACCCUAAUGUUAAGAUAAGUUGGUUCAUUGCAGUGAUUUGACCUCUCUGAACAUGGGAGUUGAUCGUCUACUGCUGCCUUGAACGUUUCUUACAACGUGCUUUUUUACAUUGUUUGAUUUUGGUGUUUUGAAAACUUGGCUCAGAAACCAGACUAAACUAUAUCACAAAAAACUGCUUUUAUUAAGCUAUCAGUAGAGCAGCAACUCCCAUCUUCUACAGGGUACAGUCACUGUGAAGUUGUUGGUUUUUGCCUUGUGCUGAUUCAGAUUGUUAUCCCAGAAAGAAUUCCACUUCAGUGGCUAAAGAACACAGGAGUUGGUUGUCUACUUCUGCAAGGAUUGACACAAUCAACAAUAUGUUGUUGUUCUUUGCAACAGAUAAGAUCAGAUAUUUAAAAUUGUCAGACUCCUUCUAAGUUAGCCCCUAAUGUGAAGAUAACUUGGUUCAUUCCAGUGAUUUGACCUCUCUGAACAUGGGAGUUGAUUGUCUGCUGCUGCCUUGAACGUUUCUACCGACACCUUUUUUGGACCAUCUUGAAUUUUGGUGUUUUAAAAAGGUAGCUCUUGAAACCAGACUAAACUAUAACACACAAAAAAGCUUCUUCAGGUUGCAGUAGAGCAGCAACUCCCAUCUUCUACAGGGUACAGUCACUGUGGAGUCUUUGGUUUUUGCCUCUUGCUGAUUAAGAUUGUGAUUCAUGGUGUCUUAAAGUUUCCAGAAAGAAUUCCACUUCAGUGACAGAAGAACACAGGAGUUGGUUGUCUUCCUCUGCAAGGAUUGGUAAUUAUUUGCAUGUAGGAACCGUGUUACAGAAGUGUGUUGUUGUUUCUUGCACUGAUGGGAUCAGAUUUUUUUACAUUUUCAGACUCCUUCUAAGUUAGACCCUAAUGUUAAGAUAAGUUGGUUUAUUGCAUUGAUUUGACCUCUCUGAACAUGGGAGUUGAUCGUCUACUGCUGCCUUGAACGUUUCUUACAACAUGCUUUUUUACAUUGUUUGAUUUUGGUGUUUUGAAAACUUGGCUCAGUAACCAGACUAAACUAUAUCACAAAGAACUGCUUUUAUUAAGCUAUCAGUAGAGCAGCAACUCCCAUCUUCUACAGGGUACAGUCACUGUGAAGUUGUUGAUUUUUGCCUUGUGCUGAUUCAGAUUGUUAUCCCAGAAAGAAUUCCACUUCAGUGGCUGAAGAACACAGGAGUUGGUUGUCUACUUCUACAAGGAUUGACACAAUCAACAAUGUGUUGUUGUUCUUUGCAACAGAUAAGAUCAGAUAUUUAAAAUUGUCAGACUCCUUCUAAGUUAGCCCCUAAUGUUAAGAUAACUUGGUUCAUUCCAGUGAUUUGACCUCUCUGAACAUGGGAGUUGAUUGUCUGCUGCUGCCUUGAACGUUUCUACCGACACCUUUUUUGGACCAUCUUGAAUUUUGGUGUUUUAAAAAGGUAGCUCUUGAAACCAGACUAAACUAUAACACACAAAAAAGCUUCUUCAGGUUGCAGUAGAGCAGCAACUCCCAUCUUCUACAGGGUACAGUCACUGUGGAGUCUUUGGUUUUUGCCUCUUGCUGAUUAAGAUUGUGAUUCAUGGUGUCUUAAAGUUUCCAGAAAGAAUUCCACUUCAGUGACAGAAGAACACAGGAGUUGGUUGUCUUCCUCUGCAAGGAUUGGUAAUUAUUUGCAUGUAGGAACCGUGUUACAGAAGUGUGUUGUUGUUUCUUGCACUGAUGGGAUCAGAUUUUUUUACAUUUUCAGACUCCUUCUAAGUUAGGCCCCUAAUGUUAAGAUAAGUUGGUUCAUUGCAGUGAUUUGACCUCUCUGAACAUGGGAGUUGAUCGUCUACUGCUGCCUUGAACGUUUCUUACAACAUGCUUUUUUACAAAGUUUGAUUUUGGUGUUUUGAAAACUUGGCUCAGUAACCAGACUAAACUAUAUCACAAAGAACUGCUUUUAUUAAGCUAUCAGUAGAGCAGCAACUCCCAUCUUCUACAGGGUACAGUCACUGUGAAGUUGUUGGUUUUUGCCUUGUGCUGAUUCAGAUUGUUAUCCCAGAAAGAAUUCCACUUCAGUGGCUGAAGAACACAGGAGUUGGUUGUCUACUUCUGCAAGGAUUGACACAAUCAACUCCUGUGUUGUUGUUCUUUGCAACAGAUAAGAUCAGAUAUCUAAAAUUGUCAGACUCCUUCUAAGUUAGCCCCUAAUGUGAAGAUAACUUGGUUCAUUCCAGUGAUUUGACCUCUCUGAACACAGGAGUUGAUUGUCUGCUGCUGCCUUGAACGUUUCUACCGACACCUUUUUUGGACCAUCUUGAAUUUUGGUGUUUUAAAAAGGUAGCUCUUGAAACCAGACUAAACUAUAACACACAAAAAAGCUUCUUCAGGUUGCAGUAGAGCAGCAACUCCCAUCUUCUACAGGGUACAGUCACUGUGAAGUUGUUGGUUUUUGCCUCUUGCUGAUUAAGAUUGUAAUUCAUGGUGUCUUAAAGUUUCCAGAAAGAAUUCCACUUCAGUGACAGAAGAACACAGGAGUUGGUUGUCUACCUCUGCAAGGAUUGGUACAAUGUGUGUAACUGCCUUGAACUUAUCUACCGACGCCCUUUUUUUUGUGUCAUUGUUUGAUUUUGGUGUUUUAAAAAGUUAGCUAAGAAACAAGACUUAACUAUAUCACAAACACUGCUUCUAUAGGUUACAGUAGAGCAGCAACUCCCAUCUUCAACAGGGUACAAUCACUGUGGAGUCUUUGGUUUUUGAUGUGUGCUGAUUCAGAUUGUUAUUCCAGAAAGAAUCUUCUAAGAUAAACCCUUGUGUUAAGAUUAGAUAGUUUGUUCCAGUGAUUUGACCUCUCUGAACACAGGAGUUGAUUGUUUACAACUGCCUUGAACUUAUCUACCUACCCCCUUUUUUCUGACAUUGUUUAAUUUUGGUGUUUUAAAAACUUGGCUCUGAAACCAGACUAAACUAUGACAUGAAAAACUUGCAUUAGAGCAGAAACUCCCAUCUUCUACAGGGUACUAAAUCACCAUGAAGGUCUUGGUUUUCACCUUGUGCUGAUUCAGAUUGUUAUUCCAGAAAGCACGAAUAAGUAGUUCACAUUUCAAAUCGCAGGAGUUGGUUGUCUACCUCUGAGAGGGUUGGUACGUUUUUGCAUGUAUGAUCAGUGUUGCAGAAUCAUGUCGUUGUGUUGAACCUUGAACUGACCAUGAAGAGCCAGGUAGUGGUGCAGCAGCAACUCCUGAGUCCUGCAAGACAAAACUGCUGUUUGACAAAAGCAAGCAACCCUGAGGUUUGAGGUUUGAGGUAGUCUUAUAUACUUUGUUUCUACCACAAAGAAAUGACAUCUCUGACUUUGCACCAGCAGAACGCCUCUUUACAGUCGACCCUGUCUUAUUAUUGAGUGUUAGUGACUGAAGAGUAGCGUGAGAGGAGCAGUUUCACGGAGCGUCACGGGUCACUGGGUUUAUCUGGUUUCCUCAGGGGAAGAUUUCUGCAUGAAGAAGAUAAAGAUAAACAUUUUACAGCUUUAAUAAAAUCAUUUAAAAAAGGAUGAUUGUGACUUCACUGCCGUGUAAAACAUUUUGCUUUUUUGUACUUCCUUUUGUCAUACUUGUUUUGUACAUGUUUGAAAAUAACAAAUAAAGUUUAAUGCAUGGA